AUGACCUGGAAGAGAGCAAUAGAAUCAAGAAUAAUCGACUUGACAAACUGGUCAAGUGUUGAGUGGUCGCAAAUUCUGAAAACUGAAGAUAAAGCGAAAUUAUUCAGAACGUGUCAGCAAAAAUUAUUAAAAGAUCAAAUCGAUAAAAAUGUUAUUUGUUUAAUUGACAAUACCAGUCUGAGAAAUUUAAAUGAUUUGAAACAGUUAAAAGAUAAACUAUCAAACAUUAGAUCUGAAGAUGGCAAUUUAUUGGCUGAAAUUAUUUCUUUUUUGAUCGAAAAAGAGUCUAAAGCAGUGAAAACUAGAAAAAGACGUAAAAUCCAUGCAGAAUAUGUUAAAUUUGGGAAUGAGUCUACUAAAUUAGAUGUUAUUAUAGAGUUACGCAAUUAUGGUAUUGAACUGGUAACUGCAGAAGUUGGCAUCACUCAAAAAGACUAUGAUGAUUUGAAGUUUCGUGAGGAUCAUACAGCAUUAAAAAUAGAAUUGAAGGACAUGAUAGAUAACUUCUAUGAUGUGCUUCAUUUUAAAAAGAAAGAUUUAGCCAAAAUCUUUGUCAUGGGAAUCCAAGCAACUGGUCAAAAGUGGACAAUAUAUUGUCUAUCAUAUAAUUAUGAUGUUAAUUUUUAUUUUUUAUCGGAAGUUACUAUGUUAAUUAUUCCAAAGACUAUGUCGGCAGUGGAAAGUUUAUUGGGUCCAUUCAUUAAAAAUCUUCUUAGGUUUAGGCAUACAUUAUUGAUGCUUAACACAAAAAUUACAAUAGCUCGCCAAUCUACCCCUCUCCACCUUCGUCACCUCCACAUCAAACCUCUGAAACCUCAAAUAUUGACCGAGUGA